AAAACCAUUUUCUUGCAUUUUAUCGGUUAUCUUGCUUAUUUUCUCAACGAGGUUGGCGCUCCUUCACCUGCUUCCCGAUUCAUACUGCCUGGUCGCCGCGGUACAUGCUGAUUGACACGCGGAUCCUAUAUACGCAAAAUCUCAACUUGAACCAAAGAAACGUUAAAGGACUAAGCAACCUUGAUCUGUGGAGCCGGGUCGUGGAUCUCGACAGCAGACCUUUCAAGCAAACGAAGGGCAAAGGUUUGUCAUUUUAUGGAACUCUGCAGACAGAUGGCGUAGGGGUGAGUGCCAUCAAGCAAAAUUUUGCAAGUCGCAAAGGAGGCCGGGAAAAAAAAGGCGAAGAUGUACCAUGCCUGGAGGGCCGCUGUGUGUUGGUCGACCCAGGACGAACGGAUUUGCUUUUCUGCACGACGUAUCUCAGGAACUAUCGCAUUUCUAUGCGAACACGACCUCAAAUCUAUCAGUAUACCCUCUUUUCCGAAAACUACGACUCUCAGCCUAUUUUAAUCAGUGCCUAG